AUGAGUUCAGGUCAAGGUAGAGGUAGAGGUGGAGGUAGAGGUGGUAGAGGAGGCUCAGGAGGAGGAGGAUUUGAUAGAGGUGGUGGAGGUAGAGGAAGAGGUGGAGCAAGAGGAGGUAGAGGUGGACAAGGUGGUUCAAGUUUAUCAAAAAUCGGAAAUGUUGAUGUUAAAUUUCAAGAAAAAGCAUCUAAUUUAAAUGCAAUACCAGCAAUUGAAUCAUACAAGAAGGAAAAUAAAGUUAAAAUUGAAGAUGAUCCUCAUGAAAUAUUAUUAAGAAAAGAUUAUGGAUCAUUAGGUAUUAAAGUUGAUGUUGGUACAAAUUAUCUUAAUUAUAAAGUUGAAGGUUUAAAAUUAUAUCUUUAUAAUGUUGAUAUACAAGACAAUGCUGGUGAUUCCAAAAAAUCAAAAGAAAAAGGGAAAGCACCUUUAAAACCAAAAUUGACUAUAAAACAAGCGAUGUUUGAUUAUAUUUUAACUGAAGAACCAUUUAAAAGUAAAAGACAUCAAAUUUAUUAUAGAGAUUAUAAUAUGAUGUAUUCAAGUUCACCAUUGCCAAUUGAAGAUGUUGUUGUUUUUCCAAUUAAAGAUAAAGGAUUAUCAGUUAAAAUGCAAUAUGUUAAAGAAUUAAAUUUUAAUGAUUUAAUGAAAUUUACAACUUUGAAAAAAUAUACAAAAGAUUUUCAAGAUGUUGCUGAAUAUACAAAUGCAUUAGUUACAGUUAUUGGUGCAAAAGUUUUAGAAAAUCAAAAAGUUGUUGGUUUAGGUUCAAACAAAUUUUUCUUGUUUGAUAAUAAAACUCCAAUGGAAGAGUUUCAACAAGGUUUGAAUAUUGCAUUGGGAACUUUUGCUUCAGUUAGAUGUUCAUUUGGUAAUGUUAGAAUUAAUAUGAAUCCAACUCCUGCUAUAUUUUAUAAAUCUUUUUUACCAAAUGGUGAACCAAUGAAUGUUAUUGAUUUAGUCAAAGAUUAUUUGAAAAUUAAUACUGUCCCUACUGAAAAUGAUUUUAAAAAAUUACAAACUUUUUUAAAAGGUGUCAAAGUUUACAGAAGUUAUUUAAAGAAAAUUUCCGGUAAAAGCGUUCAAGGUUUCAAUUUUAAAGAAAAUGCAAAUUCAUUAAAAUUUGAAGAAAAUGGUAAAGAAACUAAUGUUACUAGAUAUUUUGCUGAUAGAUGGGGUAUUAAAUUAAAAUACCCAAUUUUACCAUUAUUAAAAAUUGGUCCAACUGCUUAUUUACCAAUGGAAGUUGCUUAUAUUGUACCAAAUCAACAGUAUAAAGGUGAAGUUUGGGAUACAAGAACUUUAAUUAGAUUAACUGCUUUAAGACCAAUGGAUAAAGCAAAAUUAAUUAGUCAAGCUAAUGAUACAGUUUUCAGUAAAGCUGAUUUUGGUGAAAUUGAUAAAAAAUUUACAAAAGUUCCUUCAAGAGUUUUAAGUGCUCCAACAAUUGAGUAUAAAGCUAAAAAGAUUAUGUAUAAAGAAGAACCUUUCAAUGGUAGAAAUGAAACUAAGAAAGGUAACUGGAAUUUAGAAAAUGUUCAAUUUAUUCAAUCACCGAAGAGUAAACCAAAAUACAAUUUUGGGGUAUGUAUUUUGAAAAACAAAUAUGCUGAAAAGAAACUAGGUGAUUUACAAGGUGCUUUUUCCAAAUUUUUUAAUGAAUUAAAUCGUUUGGGUAUUAAAAAUGAUGGUGAUAAAUUUAAGAAAUAUUCAAUUGAUCUUGAUAAUCGUGCUGUUGCUACUGAAGAAGGGUUAGAAGCAAGUAUUGCAGGUGUUUUCAAAAAGGCUAAAUCUCAAGAUAAAGUUGAUUACAUGAUGGUUGUUUUACCUAAGAAAGAAACUAUGUUAUAUAGAGCAGUUAAAAGAGCUGGUGAUUUAACAAUUGGUAUUAUCAAUAGUUGUGUUAUUCUUGAUACAUUUGCAAAAAAAAGAGGUGAUAAUUUUGAUAUUAAUUUAUUUGCUCAAGUUGCUAUGAAAGUUAAUUUAAAAUUAGGUGGUUCUAAUCACAAAUUAUCUGCUCAAGAUAGCGUUGGGUUAUUUGAUGAAAAGAAAGUUCCAGUUUUUAUAUUAGGUGCUGACGUUACUCAUCCAACAGGUCAACAAAAUUCAGAAUCAGUAUCAGUUGCUUCAGUUGUUGGAAGUGAAGAUGGUAUUUUUAACAAAUUUCCUGGUUCAAUUAGAGUUCAAACUGGUGGUCAAGAAGUUAUUAGUGAAAUCAAACCAAUGGUUAAAGAAAGUUUAGAAAAUUUCCAUAAAAAGGUUGGUCAAUUACCUUCAAAAGUUUUAUUUUAUCGUGAUGGUGUAUCAGAAGGUCAAUAUUAUACAGUUUUACAACAAGAAUUAACUCAUGUUAAAGCAGCUUUCAAAGAAUAUGGACAAAGUAAAAAUUUAUCAAACUAUAAUCCAAAAAUUACAUUCAUGAUUGUGGUUAAACGUCAUCAAACUAGAUUCAUUCCAUUAGAUAAAAAUAGUACCAACUUGGCAACUAAAAAACAAGUUGCUGUUAUGUCAAAUGAUAAUGUUAUUCCUGGUACAGUUGUUGAUCGUGAUAUUACAUCCAUAGCAUUUUUUGAUUUUUAUAUUCAAUCACAACAAGCUUUACAAGGUACUGGUAUACCGGCUCAUUAUUAUGUUUUACAUGAUGAAAAUAAUUAUAAAUCUGAUGAAAUUCAAAAUAUUACUUAUAAUUUAUGUCAUACUUUUGGAAGAGCAACAAAAAGUGUUAAAGUUGUACCAGCUGCUUAUUAUGCUGAUUUAUUAUGUACAAGGGGUAGAUGUUAUGUUGGUUCUGGUAUGAAGGCUGAUAAAGGUGGUAACGUUGUUGAUAUUUAUAAAAAGAAAUUAGGUGAUAAUGUUGCUCAAAAUAUCAGAAAUACAAUGUUUUACAUUUAA